AUGAGAGCGAAUUUAGCCCUAGUGAAUUUAAAAUUAGUCUUUAUUCCAAAACAGAAGUUUGUUUCUCAAGGGGGAUAUUCCAAGAACUGGGAAGCGAAUUGCUGUUAUUUCAUUUUUACCGUGGACGGAUUCAGAAGCUAAUGAUUUAGUAUGAUUUUCUAAAAAGGCACCCAAAUUAACUUUAAAUUUUUAAAGCAAAAUAGCGCCAGUCUUUAUAAAUUCCAGCUUCGCCUCUACGCAUAUUUAAUAUAUCAACACCAGAACACGAGUAAUACCUUCAGAUUUUUGGUAACAAAAUUAUGUUUCUUUAAACGAUUCGGACGUAUACCAAAAACAGUGCAUUACAUAAAAACAAUGGAUAGUGUAUUUAACAGUAUAUGUCUGUUUUUGUAGUUUCUUUUGUGAUAUUUGAAGUGUCUAAGGAAGACUAAAACAUGAGCACUUGGAUAAAUAGUGAAGAUUUAAAUGUUUAUGGCGUAAUUUUAAAUGUUUAUGGCGUACCAUAAAUGUCGGUGUGAGUCCACACUACGAUGUACAAACAAGAUAUGAGUCAUAAGUGCACCCAAACGUAACGGGGGCCUAGUAGGGGCCAGAUACUGUACCAUAAGUGUAAAUACACCAGAUAUUUACAUUCAUGUAUUUCAGUAGCAUAACUGCAUUUGACAUGUCAUUUUGACUAAAAGACAAAUAGAGUUUAAACACUUUUGUUAACAUUCACUCCCUAAAAGUGAACCUGGAAGUUAUUAGUUUACCAGUUGUACAAUACAGAUCUGCUAUAGGCCUAUAGAAUUCUUUAGUCAAUAUAUCAGUAGCAUUAGUUUCAUGUGAAAGGUUAGGGAGGGUUCAGAAUUUCAGUAGAAGUGGCUGGCUGUUUCACUCGGGCUCUGUCACCCUUACUGAGGUUCUGGCUCAGCAUGUACUUAAGAGCCAGACAGAGAGAGGAAGAGAUACAGUGAGAGACAGAGAGAGACCGGGAGUGAGAGGGGUGUGUGUGUGUGAAUGAGCAGGCAGUGUGGCAGAGCUGUCAUUUGCCUGUGUGGAAUCUGAAACCUGAGUCUGCAGUGCCAGCCCCGUUUGAACACUCCUCCGCCGACUUCCCCAAACACGCUCGCACUCACAUGCACUCCCGUCUGCUCCGUGCACGUCGCCUGUCUGGUGCCUCUGCUCUUCAGGCUAAAGACGGACGUGUGGAGGACACUGCUUGCUCCUGAACUCCCAGCCGGAUCACGGACAAGAACCACCAGCUCCCCCCCCCCUCCCCAGCAACCCCCAGUCUACAGAUGGUCUGACCAGUCAAGAGAGAGGUUUAUGACAGCCUGUGUCGACGCCAGACUCCAGUCCCAAACAAAAGCAGCUGAACAGCUACAUGGAGGUGACAAAGGCCACAUCUCACAUGGAGUGCAGCCUCUUUACCUUGGAUUAUUACUUCUGCUUUGAGUGAAGGGGCAGUGGAUAGACUGAUAGAUUACACAUCCAUAAUCUUAUUUCACACCAACUUUGACUGCUGGAACACCAGGACAGAUCUUAAGGACAUGUCUCUUGGGCAGAAGAUGGAAGAACCGGUGGAUUCCAGCACCAUUCCACAGCACGGACACAGUGGGCAGCAUGUCAUCAGGUGUGGGUGGUUGAGAAAGCAAGGAGGGUUUGUGAAGACCUGGCACACGCGAUGGUUUGUCCUCAAGGGAGAGCAGCUCUAUUAUUACAAAGAUGAGGAUGAAACAAAGGCCCUGGGGACAAUUGCUUUGCAUGGUAACAGAGUCACGGAACAUCCAAACAAUGGCGAUGAGGCAGGAAAAUUUCUUUUUGAAGUGGUACCAGGGGGAGACCGAGAACGGAUGACAGCCAAUCAUGAGACCUACCUCCUCAUGGCAAGCACCCAGAAUGACAUGGAGGAUUGGGUGAAGACCAUCCGCAGAGUUAUAUGGGCGCCUUUUGGUGGAGGUAUCUUUGGACAGAAGUUGGAGGAAACAAUGCGCUAUGAGAAGCACAAUGGGAACAAACAGGCGCCCAUGCUGGUGGAGAAGUGCGUGGACUUCAUCCGCCAGAGGGGCCUGCAGGAGGAAGGGCUCUUCCGGCUGCCUGGCCAGGCCAACCUGGUCAAAGAGCUGCAGGACGCUUUCGAUUGCGGCGAGAAGCCCUUCUUCGACGGCAGUAGCACAGAUGUGCACACAGUGGCCUCCCUUCUCAAGCUUUACCUGAGGGAACUUCCAGAGCCAGUUAUUCCCUUUGCCAAGUACGAGGAGUUUCUUGCCUGCGCUACGCUCCUUGGAAGGGAGGAAGAAUCAGGCAUGAAAGAGCUAAGAAAUCAGGUGGAAAUCCUACCUCAAGUAAAUUACAACUUACUGAAGUACAUAUGCAGGUUUCUAGAUGAAGUGCAGUCCUAUUCAGAUGUGAAUAAAAUGAGCGUUCAGAACCUGGCUACUGUUUUUGGUCCGAACAUCCUACGGCCAAAGAUAGAGGACCCUCUAACAAUUAUGGAAGGUACGGUACUGGUCCAGCAGCUGAUGUCAGUUCUGAUUGGGAGACAUGACGUGCUGUUCCCAAAAGAGGAAGAGCACCAGACUGACCUGCAGAUGUGCAACAACAACAGCGAGUCUGAGCAGACGCAGGCGACAGGCCACCUGCAGAACGAGGAGAAUAACAACAACGUGGCAGCCGUACGGCAGUGUUCCUGGGAGAUGCCUGAGUCACAACAGAAGACCACAGCAGAGAAUGGCUCUCCUACGCCUCUGGGAGGCCCCCAAUCGGGCAGUCCGCCUCACAGCCUGACUGGAAAAUUAGACGUGACUCGCAGCCCGCCUUUCGCGGUGAAAAAGAACCCGGCAUACAGUAAGGGCAGCGGCAUAGUGACCAAUGGCUCAUUCAGCAGCAACACCGCUGACGGCCACCAGGAGAAGAGUGAGAUGCUGUCAGGUGGUGGCAUUCCUGCCCGCCGCACCAGCUCGCUAAAAGGUUGUGGUACUAAGAUGGGCACCAGCGGUGUUUCCAAUGGCAGUAUACGGCUUGGCGUCUCUAGCACCGACGCCGUUAACGGGACCCUGAAUGGACGCAGUGGAUUGUGGGUGGCUAAUGGCUACGUCACCAUGCGCGAUAGCAAGACCAAAGACUGCCUGAGCGAAAAGACGGCCCAGCAGCACCGCCUGUCCACAUAUGACAACGUCCAGCAGCAGAACUCAUCAAAUAACAGCUGUGAGGACAAGCAGAGUGUGGACAGCGCCACCUGGUCCACCUCAUCUUGCGAGAUAUCCCUGCCGGACAACUCUAACUCCUGCUGGUCAUCCAGCACCACGUGCCCAGAGCAGGACUUCUUCGUGACUCCAUAUGACGAGCCGGUGCUCUACGACCCCUCGCACGACGAGCUGGGCCAGCUUGGGGAAUUCGAGAGCAAAGCCAGCAGGCGGGAUGCGGGCGGCCGCAGCAGCCUCGUCACCAGCAGCAGUGACAACAGUGACACACGUGCGGUGAAUAACGGCCCAGGAAGUCACGCUGCUCUGCAUAGCCUGGUGGGCAGCCUCAAACAGGAGAUGCUGAAGCAGAAAACUGAGUAUGACGCCAAGAUCAAGAGCCUGGAGCAGCAUAACCUGCAGCUGGAGGCUGAGAUGGUGAACCUCCACGAGGAGCUGGACCAGGAGCGAAAGAAGUACACUAUGGUGGAGAUAAAGCUGCGCAACGCUGAGAGGGCGAAGGAGGAUGCUGAGAAGAGGAACGAGAUGCUGCAGAAGGAGAUGGAGCAGUUCUUUUCCACAUUUGGGGAGCUGACGGCAGACCCACGCAGGCCAGAAAGAGCGAAUACUGUCUGGAUCCAGUGAAGGACCCCCUCAUAAAUCUAACUCUCCCAUUGGUGGUAAUGCAGAGGGUGGCUGGUCCCCUGACAGGCAGAGACCAGCACUCUCCUCUCAUGAACUCCUGAAGGAAAACAACCUAUAUAAGUGGGUUGUGCUAUAAUUCUUUAAUGUGACCUUGUCAAAUAAAUAGUCCACCAAUGUUAAAUGUUAUCCUGUAUCUGGGUGUGUGUAUAUAGAUGUUUAUAUAUUCAAGAAAAAUAUAUUUGUAAAAAUAAACUAAAAUGUUUUUCUGAAUGAUCAAUGCAUUGCAUUUUUUUAUUAUGGAUUUUCCUUGCACUUACUUGUCUCUUUUUUUUUCUCUAACUGCGGUACGGCAUGGAUUUGUGUAUGGUGGUGCUUAUUUUUACAUAUGCUGUAUCUUAAUUUAAAUAACUUUAUGCUAUUCUUCAUGUGUAACUAGACUUUUCCCAUGACCAAAAUGAAAAGAUAUAAAUAUUUUAUAAAAUAUUCUAAAUAUCAUAUCUGUUUCAUUGUUAGUGCUACAUUUUAAAUAACUGUUCAAUAUUAAGUUUUAAUUAGUUAUAAACUACUGUAUAUUAAUUAUAUUUAAUUAGUUAUAAUUAGUUCUAACCUAUACUUUUGCAUUGUCUAUGAAUGUUUUAAUUUAUUGAUGGUAUUUAUUUUUUAACAAUUUUAUUUUUGUUCCCAGUUCAAGUAUAUAUGACAACAACAUCCUUGACUAAGCUUAGAUGCAUUAUUCCAGAUGAUUUUUAAUAGUAUUUAAAUACAUUUCUUUCUCACAUGAUUAUUAAUACAAGCCAAACUGUUUUUUCCCAAUUAUAUGCUAUUUGCCAGCUGUUACCCCCUGUGCUGCUGACCUUGUAUGGCUCCUUGUAAUCUUAUCUGGAUCGAGGGGCAUGAAGGUCCAUUUAGACCUAGGAUUGGUUAUGAAUUUUACAUGUGGGUUUGCGGGGCUGUUUUUAAUCUGUGUUUCGGCUCAGACUUUUUGUCCUGUUUCCCAGAAGUUCACAGCUGUUCUGUAGAGCUUGUCGAGAGGCUUGUCAUGUGUUUUCUUGUUUUUGUAUUUCAGCCCCAUUUCCAAGUCACCGUUUCCUGGUUCCUGUCCUUUGUUUCUCCCUGGAGUCUCGCAUUCAAUCAGCUGGCUACUUAUUUCCUGUGUUGUACUGUCCAAUAGUCUUGGGAGCCAUCAGGGGGGACAAUGUUAUUUUACAACAGUUUUACAAGUAGAAUUGUAUAAGUUUUUUGAUAGAUAAAUACAGCUUACAUAUUUCAUAUAUGUAGUAAUGGUCUUGUCUUAGAAUAUACGAUUAGUAUUCACAUAAAACUAUACAUUAUGGAAUGUGAGCAUCAUCAAUGAUGCAUACCUUACACAUGAUAAAUUGCGUUAUAUAACAGAAAUCAAGAAAAUAACAGGACCAUCUACUUCUGUAUAGCUGCUGUUUCCUCAUUCUUCUGCUGAAUGUCAGAUUUGCACGUAUUCGCUGUAUCAGAUAUAUACCGGAAAAGAGUGAUGUAUGUGAUGUCAAAAUAGAAUAAUAUUGUCACACCUUCACUUACUGCAGUCUUGCCCAUAUUGCAAUUACCUUGCCUGUGUAAUCUGCACCCUGAUAGCUGUUUAGACAUUUAAAUCCCAGUGCAUCUGACACAGAUGCAAAGUCUCAUUUCUCUCUCGCAAGUUGUACUGUGAUUUGUGGAAGCCUGUAUAUGACGUACUGCUUUAAAGCUACCAUUCUGGAUCAUCCUUUGUUACUCCAUUUACAGUACAUCUGAUCGACUUUAGCCUGCUGCACAACACUGAUUGUGGGACUUUGUGUGUUGGCUCUAAGAAAUAAAACGCUGUACAUCGCU